UAAAUAACGGAGUGGCCGGUAAAACGGAAUUUUACUAAAAAGUAGCAUUAUUCCUGUUCUACGCGUCUCAUCUGUGAUGUGUCAUUUGAACACCGUUAUCGUUAAACUACCGUCUGUUACACUGACUGCUAAUUUUACUGACAGUGUAGUAAUUGAUUGAAAAAAGAUUGCCUGCAUCACUGAAUGCGACUGCUUGCAGUAAAACAUUGAUUACAGUAUCAUAAUCAUCAUUUUUUGUCAUAUCUUGGUUUGAAUUUGAAUAACUGCAAUUGAAUAUUGGUGGAUCUGAGCAUUAUAAAGUUUCUGACCAUUCAACAUGGCUGAUUCCUACACCGACAGAUCUGAGCAGUUCAUUUCAAGCCCUGCCAAGAUCCUCCUCCACAGUGGCGAAACCUCUGCUGAUAUCAGAUCCAGCGAGACAGAAGAACCAAAGAGUCCAGUUCCUGGUGAUACUCCAGCAAGUCCUGUGAGGGUCUCCACGACAACGUGGCAGGUGAAGAAGACAGCAGACAUCACAAGCAGCAAACACGUCACAGAGGUGACCCACCACCCUAGGAGUGUGUCCACAGCUGAGAUCCAGAUCAAUGAGAAAAAACACAGUGUGGACAGAACAGAAAAUAAACACACUGUAGAGACAGAAACUAAACAUAUAAACGGUAGUAUGAACAAGAAAGAAUCUGUAGAUGGUGUGGAAAAGAGACAUGGUCUAGAUAGUGCUGAAAAUGACAGUUGUUUUGUUGCCCGAGUCGAAUCUGUGUUGGAAGAGAAGAGUGUGAAUGUUUCACUGUCAACAUCUGAGAAUUCAUUUGAGGAGUUUUCCAUCAGUAAAGCAGCAGACACUGCUCUGGAUGUUGCAGGGAUACCCAUCUCCGACGAGAACAAGGUUUACAGCAAAACAAACAUCAGCGGUCAAGGUGUCUUUUCACCAUCCUUUGGAGUAAAGGACAGUACACAAGUGAAACCUGUUUCUGAUGAUGUAGGUCGGAGAAAGGACAACAAUGAGACGAGCAUUCAGAGGAUCACAUACACGCCCGGUUUGUCCAUUCGUGAUUUCACUCUACAAGAAAUCAAGGACAAGAAGCACAAAUCCUCAGAAUCGAAACAGGCUGUAAAAUCUGAUGCUGAAGCAGAAGCUUCCUUUGAUAUCGGAAGAUCUCUGUCAUCACUACAGGCAUCGAGCAUGUCCUGGACAACGGCAAACCAAACAGAAGACGACAUGCUUCUCAGUGAACAGGACUUGGUUCAGCCUCCAAUGGUUGGCGAACUGUUACAUAUGUUUGUCUGCAAGGGCGAUAAUAUUGAGAAGAAAUUCCCGCUUCCCAUGUCUCCCGAAGGUGAGCUAGACUCUCCAGAGUUCUAUCCCAGUCAGCAGGACAAGCAUCUUGAGAUGAUAGAUCAGCUGUCGGUAGAUGAUGUCCUCGGGAUGUUAGAUGAAGCUGCUGGUGGUGUUGAUGAUGUUUCUAAUGAGGUCAUCAGCUUAAAUGAAGCUCAUCCGGUCAAGACCGAGGACAAGGCAUUGAGUAGUCUUCAGGGAACAGAUAUCUCAGUGAAGAAGAAUUCAGCUGUACAGGUGAGCACAGAGUUUCUGGACAGAACUAUCAGUUUGGUGACUUCCAUAACCACUGAACAGAAUGUUGAAGAAAGGUCGCAGAUGGAGAUAAAAACAGAGAUGACGUCUUUGACAGAGCAAACAGUAAGGCUUGGACAGUCUUCUGAUAGUCAGGAUGAGGUUGGCCGAACAAUUAAUCUGAAGGAGGUUAGCAGACAUAGAGACAUCUCAAAGUCUGAAGUCUCCACUAGCCAGACCAACGUGGUGGUGGUAGUGAAGAGCGAACCGAUUGAGAUUGAACGGAAGUUUAACAUCACUGCCGACACGGAGCAGAAGCUGAUCAACAUUGGUGCUACUCUCUUGAAAACCAAGUCAUUCACUGACGUGUAUUACGAUAAUCUUGAUUACACUCUGACUCUCGCUGACUGCUGGCUACGAAAGAGGAAGGACGAAUGGCAGUUGAAGGACAGUGUUGUAGGAAACCAAGCCAACAGUUCUGACAUUACGAUGCAAUGUGUUGAACUUACCAAAGAGUCAGACAUCAUUAACACCCUCCUACAGAAGCUGAAGCUUGGUGUGCCUGUAACACCAUCUUCUGUUCUUGAUGUUAUCAAGGCUGGGGAAUUGACGGAAUUUGCAACCAUCACUACAACAAGAAAAACAUACAAGCUCCCGAACUGCAGUAUCGACCUUGACCUUGCAGACAAUGGGUUCAUGGUUGGCGAAAUUGAUGUGAUGACUACCACAGACAAGAUUCCUUCAGCUUUAAGAACAAUGGAAGACAUAGCACAGCAGCUUGGGAUAUCGCUGCUUCAGAUGCCACAGUGCUGAGACAUCCCUUCAACCAUUGUUACUGGAGAGAAGUAUCGGCUAUUUAAACCAGACACGCAGUGCACCAGUGACUAAGAAAACUAUCCCACCUACCAACACUGCAACUUUAGCAGCUACAACAGUUGCAGCUACAACUACAACAACUGUAACUAUACAGCAACAACAACAAUUGCAAUUACAACUACAACUACUAUACAACAGCUACAAUUGCAACUACAACAAUUUGCUAUGAAUAGUUCAGACAGUAACUUGUAUGGUUGUGGUGCUUUGAAUUACUUUAUUGAACAAUACCAAAGGGAAGCAAAACAAAAUAAGCCAAACAGUGAUGCAACUAGUCUUCAUAUGGGGGGGGGGGGGGUGUUAAGAGAAAGUGGGUGUUCAGAUAGCACAAGCAUAGCCCUGCAUCAUUCAGGAUUGUCAAAAAUUUUGAUCAAGUUACAUAACUAGAAUUCAUAAAAGUAAGAAAAAUACCUCUGAUCUGAUGGUGGUAUUAAAAAUAACAAAUGUGCUUUGAAACAUCAGUGUCAUGAACCAGUUAGCUCGUAUUGUGAACUGUCAAUUAAUUUUUCUUUUUAAUUUUUCUUCUUUUUUAAAAAUAUAGACAUAUUCCUUAUUUUUUCUAUGAUUUCUGUGUUAUAACACAAGAAUUCAAUUACGUUUAUUUCUUCAUCAAAAUAUCAGAUGUGUUUUUCCAUUGUAGUGGCACAUUUUGAUGAAAUUGUAACUGAAGUUUUAAAGCAGCAGAUUGUUUGGCCUGUAAAUGAUCAUACUACAGUUAGAGACACUAAACUCAGUACUAAAAUUACAUUUUUCUGACCACGGAAUUAAGAGUUUAUAGCGUAAGGCGCUUAUGGUAUACAGAGGGUCAGCUCUGUCGGGACGUGUCUAGACUGGAAUCUUCGCAAGCCCAGGUAACAUUCCAUGAAGUAUACGGCAUAGUUACCUGCAUAAACCAACCCGGAAUUGGCCUCAUUUCAUUGGUUCUCUGUAGGAAAAUAUGGGCUAAUCGUAUAGCUUGUUACAUUUUUCUUUGCUACUAUAAACAAAUAUGGCUGUUUUCAUGGAAAUGUGCUGUUUGUCACGAUAUUGUGACCAAAAGACAAUGUAGAUCAAUAUUUAUCUGCACAUUCUCCGUAAUUACACAGUUAUCGGAGGUAUGAGGUUACAUUUUAAACCAUGUAGAUGGGGGAAGCUAUAUUUCUAUCUUGUCCAAUGUUAAACACAUUGUAAUUGGUCAGUGAUGACAUCAUCUAAGGGACAUAAUUGUUGUUUAAAUUUAUUUUCUAUAGAAUAUUCUAAUAUUGUGUGUAGGUUUAUGUGGCCAAGGUAUGAAAUGCAGUAUACCAUAUGGAAUGACACCUUGGCUUGCAAAGAUGCUUCACUGGGAAAUGAACAAGAUUAUUCCACUAGGUGGCAGUUUUCUGGGAGAUAACCCAUGACAAAUUUGAUAGAAUAUUGUUCAACCUUGGAUGUUUUGUUGUGAUAAACAAUGGUAAUAUCAAUUUAAGUGAUAAUUAUACGUGAUUUUUUAAAAAUAAUAAUAUACUUUUUUGUUUGUUUUAAUUUUGUUAUUGUUUGAUAUUGAUGUAACUUUUUAUUAUAUAUCGUUAAUGAGUUGGGUUGUUUUUGUGGGCUUUGUUU